GGGGGCCGGAGAGAGAUUUGGAGAGAGACUGCGGGGUUCCUUUCUGUUUGGCCCCAGAUCUUAAAGUGUCCCUUGGAGUGGCACCAAGGAUCAUAUAGCCUGAUGCCCUCUUGCCCUUGAGAAAGAACCCCCUGCCCUCCUUCUUUAUAUUCCUGUAUUUUAUUUACUUUGAUCCCUCUUUUCUCCCAAGGUGGUGAUCUUUUCCAAAAGACCCCUUGCUCCAGGGCACUUGCAGGAAGCCAAAAGGAUGGGCAAGUGAAGAGAAGAUAUUGCCCUUCUCCUGCCUGUCUUUCCCACUUGACAACUUUUCAGAGUUUUCUUUCCUUGUUUCCUGAGCUGAUAGGUUUGGGUGCAGGAUCCUGGAGCUGCUUUCUUGUCCUUAGGGGGGAAUCUGUCCUCCCCACACCAGCCUCUUUCCCACCCGCUUGGUUCUUCUCAGACCUGAAGCCUCCUGUAAAGACACGUCACCUGCCCCAAAGGGUGGCAAAGCCAGGGUUAGCUAUGCGGCUGGGUGUUUUGCUUUCUGUCUCAAUGGAGAAAGGAUCUAGCUAAAGAGGAAAGAAGGGUGAGAAGAGCAAAGGAGGAGGAAAAGAGAGGAGGACAGGGAAAGGAGUGAGCACCCCUAGCCUUUGGUUGGCACCAUGAGUGGCGGAAGGUUUGACUUUGAUGAUGGCGGAGCCUACUGUGGGGGCUGGGAAGGCGGCAAAGCCCAUGGGCACGGCAUCUGCACUGGGCCUAAAGGUCAAGGGGAAUACUCCGGCUCUUGGAACUAUGGCUUCGAAGUUGUGGGUGUCUACACCUGGCCCAGUGGCAACACCUACGAAGGCUACUGGUCUCAAGGCAAGAGGCACGGCCUAGGGGUUGAGACCAAAGGACGGUGGCUUUACAAAGGCGAGUGGACACAUGGCUUUAAGGGAAGGUAUGGCAUAAGGCAGAACGUCAGCAGCGGAGCCAAAUAUGAAGGCACCUGGAAUAAUGGGCUGCAGGAUGGUUAUGGUACCGAGACCUACGCAGAUGGAGGUACUUACCAAGGCCAGUUCACCAAUGGCAUGCGCCAUGGUUAUGGCAUCCGGCAGAGUGUCCCAUAUGGCAUUGCGGCUGUUGUCCGCAAUCCUCUGAGGACCUCCCUCACCUCCCUCCGUAGUGAGCACAGCAAUGGUACCCUGCUGCAACAUGACUCUCCAUCCGCUACCCUGGAGAAUGUUCCCAUGGCACCGACUAUCACACGGGGAGGCUUUGCUCUCAGCUUGUAUGCAGAUGCUGAUGCUACCAAGCUGAAGAAAGGAGGGCUCUUCCGGAGAAGCUCCUUGUUUGGGAAGCUGAAGAAAUCUGACUCCAAGACUUCCUUGGCCAGCCAGAAGAGUCGACUCAGCUUCCUCAAGAGUGAGAGUGGUAUGAGCUCCACUGGUAGUGAUGCCACCUCCACUGCCAGCCUGGGAGAAGGAGCAGAGAGUGAGGACUUCCCACCUUUUGAUGCUGAUAUCGAUGCCACCACUACAGAGUCCUACAUGGGUGAGUGGAAGAAUGACAAGCGCUCAGGAUUUGGUGUUAGUGAGCGAUCAAGCGGUCUGAAGUAUGAGGGUGAAUGGCUGGAUAAUGUACGGCAUGGAUAUGGUUGCACCACGUUGCCUGAUGGUAAGAAGGAAGAAGGAAAAUACCGAAUGAAUGUCCUCAUCAAAGGCAUGAAGAAGCGGGUGAUACCUCUGAAAAGUGCCAAGAUAAGGCAGAAAGUGGACCGGAGUGUGGAAGGGGCUCAGAGGGCAGCAGCCAUUGCCAGACAGAAAUCUGAGAUUGCAGCUUCUCGGACUGCCCAUGCCAAAGCCAAGUCGGAGGGUGCCGAGCAAGCAGCACUGGCAGCUAACAACGAAUCCACUUUAGCCAGGUCGAUGGCCAGGGAACUGUCUCCAGACUUCUAUCAACCAGGCCCUGAAUACUUGAAAAGGAGGCUGAUCCAGGAACUCAUGGAGAAUGAAGAAAAUAUGGAAGAAGAGGCACCACCUGUGGAACAGCCACCUGCACUAACAUCUCCAGGAACUCCUCAGGUUGAUACUGAAGACUCCUCCAAACCCAAGGGGAGUCCAACUCGAACUCCCUCCCCACCUGGAAUACCACCUGAGGCCAAGCGUGCUAAACAGGGCUCCCAGAAAGAAAGUUUUCGCAGUCCCGGGAGCUGGAAUGGAGAUCAUAGUAAGGAAGGUGGUCACACAGAAAGUAGGGCCAACACUCCAUCUAAUGCUCUAUCGGCACCAGUUGAGAAGUUUGUAAGUGAUAGCAGACCCACUUCCCAAAGUCCUAGCCAUCAUGGCCACACGAAGGCUCCUGCUGAGCAAAUGGAGAUCAAACCACUUCAGAGGAUACAUCAAGUAGGCGAUGCUGAGUUAUUUCAAGGCUAUCACAGUUACGCAGUGAGGACCUCCCCAGUUACUCCUCCAAUAGACUAUGAGGAAGAAUCAUUCCCUGACUCCAAAGUGCCGGUUAAGCCAAUUUCCCCAGAGCCAAAGGCUGAUGUGAAGGCUAUUGAACACAAAAUGGAGCCACAGAAGAGGGGAGGGACCCCUGUUUCUCAUCAUGAACCAGCUCAUGAAGAGAAAAAAGCACACAAAGUGGAAAUGAAACAUGAACCCAAGCAGCAUCCUGGGCCUGAGCACAAAGUAGAAGAGAAAACAGAAGCUGCACCUGAAGACAAGCUUGAGCAGAAAACUGAAACUAAGGUGAUGCCCAAAGUGGAGCUCAAAGCAAUGGUGAAAAAAGUUCCUCCACCAGAAGCAGCACCAAAAGAGGUGGAAGAACAAGAAGAGGGACCUAACACCAUCAUUAUCUUCAUGGUUAUCUUACUGAACAUUGGCCUGUCCAUCUUAUUUGUGCAUUUUCUGACAUGAUGACAUGCUAAAACAAGAGGUUUCGGCUGAUAGACCUUAUCAGGGAGAUAAUACCAUCCAAUGAAAACCAUUACAAAAGGGCAUGACUUGGAAGAACCCAGUGGUUUCCCCAACCAUGGGUAAUCUUGUCUGUCCCACAGGAAGAAGCCUGGAGUUUUGCACCCCCUCCUCUUUGUUCCCUUUGCUGUGAACAGGAAUUGCCUUAAAGUUUCAUAAUUUGGAGAAUACAGUGCUGCUGUUUGAAGAAACAAGGACCUACCAAUAAUUGUAGAAAUGCUAAUGAAAGUGUUUUUUUCCAUCAAAGCCCCAGGUUUUUUGGGGAGAUUCAUUGUUACAGAUCUUGUGAAAGAAAACCACAAUUCUAAAUCUCGUAAGAGCUAGAAAUAAUGGUUACUGCUGUGGAUUUAACUACCCCAUCUGUACCAAGGGUAUUGUGAAUCUGAUGUUAGGAACAGUCUGGCUGUUUCCCCUGCUGCUAGAUACUCCUAAAUCAUUCUGGUUAGAAGUUCAGGCUCUAAAGCAGGCAAAAUUGUAGAUCCUGUGGGUGUAAGUAAAUCCACAGUGGUGUGAGAAAAAGAUGACUACCAUCUUCUCCUGUCAUGAAUUGCAUUGUUAGCAUCCUUAAAUUUGGGCUGAUUGUAAGCAGUCCCCACAAGUGGAUCUUUUGUGAUACUACCAAGUAGAGUAAAUCUUGUCUCUUCAAGAGUUUAAGAAAUCUGCAAAUUAGAGGCUGCAUUUUUGAAUAGCUGCAUAUAACAGUCAAUGAAGUCCAUGCUUGUUUCAUAGUUAAACAGUGCUUUGGCAACAGUGCCUUGUUGCAAGUAUCUGCAACACUACUGCCCAAAAGUCAGACCCAGAGUGAGAUCAUGCAUUAUGCUUUUCUUCUGGGCAUUCAGAUAUAUACAUGACUUGGAAUGAGCAGAACCUUAGCAAUGUAAAGCAUCAGCCGUACAUGUGUUUGGAUCGCCCUCUCAUUUUACUUUGCAACAAGCUAUGAACUUCUGAGUCACUUUAAAAAAAAAUUAAGUGCCUUAUUUAAAAGCAACUGUGAAUUUUUAUGUAUACUGAUCCUCCCCAUUACAACCAUGUCUUGUUAAAAAUUAGAAGCUGAAAGAAAAGGACUAGAAUAUUAGUAAGCUUAAAAAGCAGACUGUGCUUGUACUAAAUGUGGUGCCACAGAUACAAAGUAGGUAAAUGCAAGAGCAGUGUUUUUGGAUCAGAUUAUCUGCAACUCAAGAAAUGCUGAAUGUCAUUAGAAAAUGGGAAUUAUGCUAUUUAGUGCCUUUCCUCUUUCUUUUUAAAUGUUAUAAUCAAGUUAUAUUAUAAAUUGGAGGAGGAAUAUUGUGACUUUUGCCCAGAAAAAUCUGUGCUGAAAUAGUCUUCCCGAAAAAUAUGUAUUCUAUAUAGGAACAUCCACAACACAUGGGAUGAUAACAAUCUGGACAGUCUUGGUUUUAUUUUUAUAUUUCUCUUAUUUUGAGUAUAUGUGUAGCAAUUAGACUUUUACUUGCUUCUGAAAUUAAUCAGCCUUCCUGGUUCUCUGGCUGAGAGGUACACAAUGCAAUUGCUUCAUUAACUCUGUAUGUGAUUUGCUUUUCUUUGAGAGACCUAAAUGGCUUUGAUUUAUCUUGAAACACACAAUCUGAUCCCCUUGAAAAGUGCUGAAAUGGUUUCCAUCUCCCAUCCCCAACCCUCAUGCAUACAGACAGGAUGAGCUCUCCUUGUUGUGCUUUGUUCCUUGCCAUGUGAUGAGAAAGGUAGGUAGAUGUGCUUCAUGUGACAUAUAUAAAUACACAGAAUAGCACCCAGCAGCCCAAAGGUGUGUCCAAAGUCUUGCGUGCAUCCAGUGCAGGUGUUGUUUUUUAAAUGUGUUUCCAAUCAUAUCAGAAGACAAAUUGCUUUUGAAAUGUACCACUUUCAAACGUAGCUUGCCAUUCACUAUGUUGACAAUAUGAACAGUUUGCAUCAACAGUUUGCACAGUUCUUUGGAUCCUAACUGUAUGUGUUGUAAUAUGUUUAUAUGUGUCACUCUCUCUUCAAAAACAGGAGAAAGAAAGAGAGCAAUCCUUAGGGCAUGUGCAUACAUUUGGUCACUAUACCAUGUAGUAACUCCUGUGUUUACAUGUAGGUAACCACAAGCCUACCUCCAGGAAGUAACUAUAAGUAAUAUUGUUAAGCAGGUAUGGAUCAUAUACCAUGUGCAGCUCCCAAGCAUUUUUGUAUUCUCCACCCUUUAUUUUAGAAACCUGAAAACCUCAGCCUGUCUUGCUUUUUUAAGAUAAUGUUCUAGCCCUCAGUGCUUCAAAUAUGAGCUUGAAUACAAGAACAAAAUGCACAAACAUAAUGCCUCACAUUCAGAGCUCCAUGCAGUUAUGAUGUACACAGGAAGCAUCUCCAUGUGUGAGCUUUUCAAUUCACCUCAACUGAAGGGACAUCUCUACACAUGCCUUUAUGAGUUGUCUCCUCCUUGAAUUGAAAACAAAGGGGUCUUGAAGGUGAAGAAGCUUCAUGUGUGCAUCAUAGUACAUGUGUCCCCAAGAACCCUUUGGGCCAGGGGCAAAUGUGUGCACAAAUCUUGUGGUAUUUUGGUACCCUAGGAUGAGCAGGAACAGGUUUACCUCAACUUUGCAUGCCUUCAAAAAUAGAAUUGUGUUUUAAAAAAUGUCCAGGUCUUACAAAACUACAAAUGUAUCAUCACCAGCGACACACCAUACUUUCAAGUUUUAAAAAUAAAAUGUGUAUGACAAUUGAUGUAAUAUUGUCAAGGAGUUUCCAUCAGUUGUUCUGCUGGAUUAUGUGCAAUAAUAAAAGAUUAUUUCACUCACA